AAUUAUCAUAAACAAAUUGUUUUACGUUCACAAUGAUUUUAGUUAAAUUAAAGAUCAAAGGUUAUGUAUAAUUAUUCAAGGAAUCGUGAUUGUUCUUCGGCAUCUUCCUAUAGUGGGGCAUUCGAUUCCGGAUCCUCCAUCAGAGGCUUGCUUUCAAGUUGAUUCAGAGUAGGCUGCAUUACUUGCAUACCGUAAAAGAAGUAUGGCAGAAUUCAUGGAGCUGGAAGCACAAGACGGGGUUCGGAUGACGUGGAAUGUGGUGCCAGGGACGAAGGAAGAGGCGGGUAACUGUGUGGUGCCAGUCUCUGCCAUCUACACCCCAAUCAAGCCAUUCCCCAACAUGCUGGUCCUACCCUAUGCUCCUCUUCGCUGUCGCAACUGCUCUUCCGUCCUCAACCCCUUCUGUGUCAUGGAUUUUGCCGCCAAGAUUUGGAUCUGCCCCUUCUGUUUCCAUCGCAGCCACUUUCCUGCCCACUAUGCCUCUGUCUCAGAAGAAAAUCUACCUGCUGAGCUCUUCCCUCAGUACACCACCAUUGAGUACAAAUCCCCUAGGGAGGCCGCCUGCCUUCAAUCUGUCUUCAUGUUCGUGAUUGACACUUCCAUUAUUGAAGAGGAAAUGGCAUUCCUCAAGUCUGCAUUGUCCCAGGUCAUCGGCCUCUUCCCCGACAACUCUCUUGUUGGUUUGAUCACCUUUGGCACGCUUGUCCAUUUGCAUGAGAUUGGCUUCAGUACCGCUCCUAAGACCUAUGUCUUCAAAGGCUCCAAGGAUGUCUCAAAAGGCCAGCUUCUUGAGCAAAUGGGCUUUUUCCUUAACAAGCCCAAGCCCCUCACGGGUGUCAGGGAUGGCUUGUCUUCAGAGAGCAUUGCACGAUUCCUUCUACCUGCCUCUGAAUGCGAGUUUGCCAUCAAUUCUGUCUUGGAGGAGCUCCAAAAGGAUCCUUGGCCCAUUCCUGCUGAUCAACGGGCAAGCAGGUCCACAGGCACUGCUUUGAGUGUGGCUGCCAGUUUGUUGGGUGCAUGCUUUCCUGGUUCUGGAGCCCGAAUCAUGGCAUUUCUUGGUGGCCCCUCAACUGAAGGCCCUGGUGCUAUUGUCUCAAAGAAUUUAUCUGAACCCAUACGUUCCCACAAGGACCUGGAUAAGGAUUCUGCUCCUCAUUAUCAUAAAGCUAUUAAGUUCUAUGAAACACUUGCAAAGCAGCUUGUGCACCAAGGACAUGUACUCGAUCUCUUUGCUUGUGCAGUUGACCAGGUUGGUGUUGCAGAACUUAAAGUUGUUGUUGAGAGAACUGGCGGAUUUGUUGUUCUUGCUGAAAGUUUUGGCCAUUCAGUAUUUAAGGACACCCUUAGGCGUGUUUUCCAGUCAGGGGACAAGGGUCUCGGACUAUCUUCAAAUGGUAUAUUUGAGGUAAACUGUUCAAAGGACUUAAAAGUUCAGGGUGUUCUUGGGCCCUGUGCAUCUCUUGAAAAGAGAAGUCCUUUGUGCUCUGACACCAUCAUCGGGCAGGGAAACACCAGUGCAUGGAAAAUGUGUGGCCUUGAUCAAGCUACAUCUUUGUGUUUAGUAUUUGAUAUUGUUAGGAAGGACAUCCCUGAUGCUACUGUUCAGUCCUCGAGCAGUCAAUUUUAUUUCCAAUUUCUAACAUUUUACCAGCAUAACUCUGGCGAAAUGAGACUUCGUGUUACAACUCUUUCAAGAAGAUGGGUUGCUGGACCUGGAAGCAUACAGGAUUUGAUUUCUGGCUUUGACCAAGAUGCAGCUGCUGCAGCGAUGGCACGCCUAGUGUCUUUCAAAAUGGAAAUUGAGGCCGAGUUCGACCCCAUAAGAUGGUUGGAUAAAGCAUUGAUUCAUAUAUGUUCUCGUUUUGGGGAUUACCAAAAGGAUACCCCAUCUUCUUUCAGCCUGUCUCCAAGGUUUUCAAUAUUUCCUCAGUUCAUGUUUCAUUUGCGGCGAUCGCAAUUUGUCCAGGUCUUCAAUAACAGUCCUGAUGAGACGGCAUACUUCAGAAUGAUCCUGAACAGGGAAAAUGUUGCCAAUUCAGUUGUGAUGAUUCAACCUUCAUUGGUUUCUUACUCAUUUCAGUCUGUUCCAGAGCCAGCACUGCUUGAUGUGACUGCCAUUGCAGCUGACAGGAUCCUGCUUUUGGACUCUUAUUUCACCGUUGUUAUUUUUCACGGCUCAACUAUUGCACAGUGGCGAAAAGCUGGAUAUCAUGAUCAACCUGAGCAUCAGGCUUUUGCCCAGUUGCUGCAAGCUCCUCGUGAUGAUGCAGAUGCAAUAAUCAAUGAAAGGUUUCCAGUUCCUCGACUGGUCAUUUGUGACCAGCAUGGCUCACAGGCCCGUUUUCUUCUUGCGAAGUUGAAUCCUUCUGCUUCAUGUAACUCCGAUGGUCAUGGUCCGGGUGGAGACAUAAUCUUUACAGACGAUGUAAGCUUUGAGGUUUUCUUGGAUCAUCUCCAGAGAUUAGCCGUUCAAUAAACUAUGAUAGCAGGGAGCUAUAGGCAAUUUUGUAAAAUCCAACCUUUAAUUUUGUUUGUACAGUAAUUCCAAUGAGUUGUGCUUUUAUUUUAAGUUGUUUGAAUCAGGAGAAAUUAGGAUGAAUAGAUGUUUUAUGGUUUUUAUUUUAGUAGUGAUUUCAUGCUGCAUUUUAUGAUU